UCGGGAACCGGCGUGCGUGGAGGAGGAGUGUCCCCGAGGGGCACGUCCGGAAGAGGCGCGUCCGGGAGGGGCGCGUCCAGGAGGGAGGAAGUCGGCGUAGGUGGUCCCGGUUGGUCAGCACCAAGUUGGGACCAACUUGGAGGCGUGUCAAGGGGCAGCUGGGACCACCCUGGGUGGACUACCGGGGGUGACGCCGGCUGCUCAGGUAGCGGUGGCGCCUCGGGAAGCGCAGGGGGGACCCCGACCUCGGUCUCGACACGCCCAGGCGGCCCGGGUGGCGGGACCAGGGGAGCCUGAACAAUGGAGCAGUCAGGAGGACUACUACAUGGCUCCAGGGGGCGUGUCGCUCUCUGGGGCCUGGAUGGUGCUGCAGCCAGAGAGGAAGGUGACAACACCGGGAAGGGGACCGGGGUAACCUGUCCCCGAGGACCCGGAACCUGUUCCACAACAGGGGACCAAUCUCCGCCCAUAGGGUCGGUCAUUGUGGAGACCGUGGCGCGCGCAGGAGCGUGCUGGGCUGGAACCGGCAGGGGCCGCGAGGGUUGCACCGGGGGGUGCACUGCGUCCACCACCAUUCGGGUGCUGGACGGGUCCAAGCGGACUGGUGACCCCGUCUGCUGCGAUCGCGCGGGACUCCCCCCCUCGUCCACGGCACGAGCGUCGACACAGAUCGAGAUGACCAGACCCUCGGCCAGCCGAAGUGUCUCGGCGGUCAGUCUGCGUCCCAGGUGUGUCUUGGCCCACGCCGAGGCCACCUGGAAUGGGUCCUGCCAGUUCUGUCCAAUAAAGACACUCAAUUUACUAAUUUCAGAUUCUGUGUCCGGGUUGGUGACCGCUGGCCUGAUUCCGGUCGUUAAGGACAGCCACGCAGCACCUCCGCGUAGCUCCUACGAGGCGGUUGUUGACAACAGUCCGCAAAAUGAAGAUGUUCAUCAUCAUAGCGGCCGUAUUGUGGUUGAGGACGAGGGGGCGGGGUCAUCUCACGCCGCGAUCGCUGUUUACGUCCGCGAGGACGGACGAGGACCCAUUCCUCGUCAUGCCACGCCGCCAUUUUAUGACAACCGUCAGUCGUUGGAGUACAGGGACAUCCGGAGCACUCCCUGCGCCGGACAUGUCCGUGUAGCUAGGUCCCUGACCCUGUACUCGUGGGAAGACCAGGACCUCCGGGGCAUCCCUUCCGCCAGAGACGUCCGGAUUCCCAG